CAGAUUAUACAAGCUGUGCGAGCAGGCUCAGUGCCGCGAGAAGCGCCGAGAGCACCGACACACGCCAGCCGUGCGCGCGGGGCAGCCGCAAAAUGGGUGGACCAGCAGCCCCACGCUCAUAUGCGGAGUACAAGCCUCGGACAGAGACCCUGCGGCGCGCGCGGCUUUAUGGCUGUUCGACGCGCGACCCGCUGCUGCGCAAGAUUCGGAGGAAGAAGCCCGCACCGCCUCCGAUACCAGAACAAAAGCCGGCGCCCGAACCGGUGCCGGUCGAUUUACAUGAAAGACUCUUCGCCUACCACCACCAGCGAACGGAACCGCGCCCCGUUGUCGGGAGGGAGGGCCACUUCUACGCGGGCAACGCCGUGGUGCCGCCCGGGAGUAUGCGGGGCGCCGCGUAUCGGUAUGGAGGGAGGGGCGCCUCGACCAUAGUGAGGCGGUCCGCGGACCGUACCAAUAAAGGAGUGCCAUCGGUCACAAGCUUCGAGGCGGCGUCCGUGUCAUUAUUAGCGGACGAGUGGGCGCCUCCUCUGAGGAACGAGACGCUGGGCUAUGUGGCCGGUCCAAGUACAACAUUCUCGUGUCGGUGCUGGCCCGACGAGGCGCGCUUCCCCGGCGCCGGGGCAUUUGCCAAAAACGUGCUCAAGGAAACGUUCCGCGGGUCCGAGUUCUACUCGUCGCAGACCACGGCUACGUUAGCCGAAGUCGGGCGUCGCAAAAAGGAACGGCUGCGACGGAGUCGGGCGAGGCCCAAGUCCGCCUCCAUUCGCAGGGACACGUACGGCCAUUUGGUCGAUGGGCGCGAGCCCGUGCCGCGCGGCCCGCAGCACGUGGACCCGCGGGCGCGAAGGCAACACCGCCAGACCAAAGCCACGCACGACUUCCACAGCGCGCGGCCCCUGAAGCGGCAGCCCCUCUUGACAACAAGGCGUCCUAGGUCGGCUCCAUCGAAGCGCCCUCCAACAAACACAAAUGAUGAUACGCACGUCUACCACCAGUCCGGCAAAAAUCUGAUCCUGGAGCGGAACGAGACGCGGGAGGAGGUUAUCAGAAGGGUCCAGCUGGAGCGGUUUCGAAAGGACGAUAGAAAGGCCCAGCUCAAGUGGCAGGCACUGAAGGCUUUUUUAAGGGCGUGCGAGCUCCACUUUUUGUUGGAUAGGACCGUUAUUGAGGCGGAGGCGCCUUUGCUAGUGAAGGUGGCGGACUUGUUUGAUGCUAAGAAGACCGUGUCACGGUCGAACUUCCGCGCGGCUGUGGCCAGCCUCAACGGUGACCACUUCGAAGCGCUCUGGGAGCACUUUGGUGGCGACGACGGUCUGAACGCGCUGGGCUUAUUACUCGCGUUGCGGUUGCUGGCGGACACCUAUCCCGGUACGUCGAGGAGGGAGCCUCUGGAAGCCAAGCUGCCCGGGCUGCUUGAGCUUUUCGAGAGAAGUGGAGGGGGCGUCGAUGACUUGUCGCAGCUCUUCUGCGUCGCGAGUAAGUCGGACGACGAACGCCAUUCCAUAAAGACGCUUCUGGAAUUGCGGCUGCGGCCCAUGGUGAAUGGGCUUCUGGGCGACGGCGUCCUGAGUGCGCAAAUCAUCAAUUCUGCUUUGUCCCGUUGCCCCGAGCUCUUCCACGCGCUCAAGGAGCAGGCGGCCCAUGCAUGUAUCGCGAAGAAUGUGGUCAAGACGGACCUGGGGCGCGCGCGGGACGCGGUCGCGAGCCAGUCGCCCGUCGUCUUCUCGGACGACGAGGAGGACCUGGAGGACGCCAUCGCCGACGACGAGUAUGUGGACGUGGACGGCGUCGUGCGGCCGAAGGGUUUGGGGGUGCACAACUCGCUGAUCAACUGGACGAACAAGGCCGUGCCGCUGGGCCAGACGGUGUAACUUGUGUG